GGUUAUUUAAGAAUCAUAAAUGGUUCUAAAAAAAUGAGCGUGUAAGGAUUUCUUUUGACGGUCAUAUUAAUUUAUACUUUUUCAAAUCCGAAAGCUGCGAUAGACGAAUUCGAUAAAGUUCUGCAGAUUCUGAAACAUUCGAUAGUAAAAAUAUGGCUUUCAUCACCAACGAUGUGACCCCAGACGAUGAAACGCGGGAGUUGUUAUUCGAUAAGCACGUAGAAUAUAUCGCAAACCAUGGCAAUGACAAAAAUGACUACGAAUACUGUAUGACGGAGUUUCUUCGUAUGUCAGGAAUUUAUUGGGGCGUGACUGGUCUAGACCUGAUGCACAAACUUGAUCGCCUUAAAAAGGAGGAGAUAAUUGAUUUUAUCAGAAAAUGCCAGUGCCCUGUGACGGGAGGGAUUUCGGCUUGCGAAGGCCACGAUCCUCAUCUCCUGUAUACACUGAGCGCGAUACAAAUCCUGUGUAUUUACGAUUGCAUCAACGAGAUCGACCUGGAAGGGGUGGCACGUUACGUGGCUUCGCUGCAACAACUGGAUGGAAGUUUCUUCGGAGACAAAUGGGGCGAAGUAGAUACUCGAUUUUCUUUUUGUGCCGUUGCAAUUCUAAGACUAAUUAACAAGAUGGAUGUCAUUGAUAUAGACAAAGCCGUUACCUUCGUAGUUUCCUGUUGUAAUUCGGAUGGCGGUUUUGGUUCCAAACCAAAUGCGGAAAGCCAUGCUGGCUUGAUCUAUUGCUGCGUUGGCUUUCUUUCGAUUACCAAACAGCUCCACCGAUUGGACUGUGAGAAACUUGCUUGGUGGUUAUGCGAGAGGCAGCUGCCUAGUGGAGGACUCAAUGGAAGACCCGAAAAGUUACCGGAUGUUUGCUACUCCUGGUGGGUUUUGGCAUCAUUGACCAUAAUGGGACGCUUGCAUUGGAUCAGUGCGGAGAAGCUGAAAAAAUUCAUUCUUUCCUGCCAGGACAGUGAAACUGGUGGAUUUUCCGAUCGAACUGGGAAUAUGCCGGACAUAUUCCAUACCCUUUUCGGUCUGGGUGCCCUUUCACUGCUUGGAGACAAGAGGCUGAAAGCGGUUAACCCAACCUUCUGUAUGCCACAAUAUGUUAUCGACCGAUUGACCGUAAAUCCGGAAUCGAUUCUUCUCUAAAUAAUAAAUAAAACCCAGCUUUAAUAACGUG